AUGGUCCGCAAACUCAAGCACCACGAGUCCCGCCUCCUGCGCAAAGUCGACCUAAUCAGCUACAAAUCCGACGGCGACUCACACCGCGAAGCCGCCGUCCGCCGUCGCUACCACCUCACCCACCCGCUCGACUACAGCAAAUACAACGCCAUCUGCGGGCGGCUGCGCCAGCUGGCUCACAUGCUGUCGAACUUGGACCCGACGGACCCGUACCGAGUGGAAAUGGAAACCGUCAUGCUGGAAAAGUUAUACCAAAUCGGCAUACUGAAACAAAAUCGAGGUCAGGGUGCCGGACUGAGUAGUGUCGAGAAGGACGUGACCGUGUCGGCUUUCUGCAGACGGCGACUGGGCGUGUUGAUGGUGCGCAUUGGCAUGGUCGAGCACAUCAGUACGGCUCACAAGUUUGUGGAACAGGGCCAUGUCCGCGUGGGCACCGAGGUGGUGACGGAUCCGGCGUUUCUCAUUUCGCGUGGGAUGGAGGACUUUGUCACUUGGGUCGACGGGAGUAAAGUCAAGAGACAGGUUUUGCAGUACCGUGAGAAACUGGACGAUUUCGAUUUGUUGUAA